AUGGAGCUUAGGGCUCAUCUGACCCAGGUCAUGGAUAAUGCUGGGUGGCGGGAGGAUCAGUUUCGGAAGGAGACGGAUGAGCUGCGGAAGAGGGCCGAGCAGUUGGAGGCCCGCAAUGAGGAGUUGGCCGCCGCGCUUCCAGACGCUACGCGCCCACUUUUGCGCCAGGUUGAGGCGUUGCAGGCGGCGGCUUCGGAGCGCGUACGCGCCAAGUCGGCUGUCGAUCGGUCGCAGCUGGAGAGGUUGCGUGCGGCCGAAGCGGCCGUUGCGACGGCGACAGCGAGGGAGAAAGCGGGUGAAGACCGCAUUGGCAAUUUAAUGACGCGGAUCGCGACGCUGGAAGAGCAAGUCAAGAUUGCUCACGGCGACCAAGGAAGAGUUGGUGCAGAACUGCGCGCCUUGCAAGCUGACAACGCUGAAGUGCAAGUCAAGCACCAGAGAGAGUUGGAAACGCUAGAGGCACAGCUACUCAAGGCUAAUCGCGACAAAGAGCACGCGCUGGAGGACUUGUCUCAUGAGAGGGCUAGUCACCUUGACGCCAUAGAAAGUGCUGAAGAAAAGGAACGUCUGCUUCGCAAACAGAUUGCUUCACUUGAGACCCGAAUGGAGAUGCUUCAAGAGAGUCUAACAAAGGCAACUUCCAUGAACGCACAACGUGGGAAUGGACCUGGCCCGGGGGGUUCCAGUUCAUCUCUAUUGAUGUCUCGUUUUGAUAGCAUGACAAAUGUGUCGACCACAAGUUUGGGUUUCGCGGGGUCGGAGAAUGGAGAAGAUGCGUCGCCGUUUGCGGACGGGACUUCACCAUCGGCUGGCUUAUACGCUACAGAGCGGUUGUCUCAAUCGCUGCGGCAACGGAAUGGCGAGAUUGCCUCUCUACAAGGGCAGUUGGAUACGAAGGAGGAGGCGACUAAGGCGUUGGCCGAGGAAGUCGUAAGCUUGACGGCUCGCGUCGAGGAGCUCACAAAGGAGAUGCACGAUGCUCCUACGAUGAAGGCUGGGUUUGAAGAAUUGAAGAAACGGCACAUGGGUCUACUGGAACUUUUGGGAGAGAGGGAGGAGCGAAUCAUGGAGUUGCAAGCAGAUCUGUCAGAUGUGAACCAGAUGUACAAGGAGCAAAUCACAGAAUUGUUGCUUAGAAUAGAGAAAAUGUCAAGUUAGACCAGGAGAAUGGUAGUUAAUGGCCUCCGCGCAGUUGGCACACGCCCCUCAUGUUUUGUACUCGGCGGAUUGUAAAGCCAUGUAAGA